UUAAGGCCUCUCAAGAGUCUCCUCCAAAUAGAAAACAAAAACAAUUACACAACAACACUCUCUUCCUAUCCCUACAAAAUGCCCUUCUCUUCUUCUUCUUUCCUCCACCACCAUUUCUUUCUUCUCUCACAACCAUCACCACUUCUUCAUAUUCCCAUUUCUUGGGCUUAGUUUUCUUUUACAGAACUUACCAUGUCUUCACUUCCUUCUGUUAGACUUCUUUCACCACCCUUAUCAUCACACUCCACAAGACCAACAAGAAGCACAAGAAUCUUUGCUGCUGGUCCUACAGUGGUGCAGCCUGUGGAGGUGCAAGUAGAUGCAGAAAGAUUGGAGCCUAGAGUUGAGGAGAAAGAUGGGUACUUUGUUCUGAAGGAGAAGUUCAGACAAGGUAUUAAUCCUCAAGAAAAGGUGAAGAUUGAGAAAGAACCAAUGAAGCUCUUCAUGGAAAAUGGUAUUGAAGAGCUUGCUAAAUUAUCUAUGGAAGAGAUUGAUCAAAAUAAACUUACUAAGGAUGAUAUUGAUGUUAGACUUAAGUGGCUUGGUCUCUUUCACAGAAGGAAGCAGCAGUAUGGCCGAUUUAUGAUGAGACUGAAGCUACCAAAUGGAGUAACAACGAGUGAGCAAACACGAUAUUUGGCCAGUGUGAUUAGGAAAUAUGGGAAGGAUGGGUGUGCAGAUGUUACAACAAGGCAAAACUGGCAAAUACGCGGUGUGGUGCUGUCUGAUGUGCCAGAUAUACUUAAAGGUCUUGCUGAAGUUGGCUUGACAAGCUUGCAGAGUGGCAUGGACAAUGUGAGAAACCCAGUAGGAAAUCCUCUUGCAGGAAUUGAUCCAGAGGAGAUUGUCGAUACACGACCUUAUACCAACUUGUUAACCCAGUUCCUCACGAGCAAUUCACAGGGAAAUCCUGCUGUUUCUAAUUUGCCAAGGAAAUGGAAUGUAUGUGUAAUAGGUUCUCAUGAUCUUUAUGAACAUCCUCACAUCAAUGAUCUUGCUUAUAUGCCAGCCACUAAGGAUGGACGUUUUGGAUUCAAUUUGCUGGUUGGUGGGUUCUUUAGUGCCAAACGAUGUGCUGAGGCUAUCCCUCUUGAUGCUUGGGUCUCGGCAGAUGAUGUUAUACCAGUGUGCAAAGCAGUACUAGAGGCGUACCGAGAUCUUGGUUUCAGAGGAAACAGGCAGAAAACUAGAAUGAUGUGGUUGAUUGAUGAAAUUGGACUUGAAGGAUUCAGGUCAGAGGUAGAGAGAAGAAUGCCACAACAAAAACUAGAGAGAGCAUCAUCUGAAGAUCUGGUUCAGAAGCAAUGGGAAAGAAGAGACUAUUUUGGUGUUCAUCCUCAAAGCCAAGAAGGUUUUAGCUAUGUUGGAAUCCACAUUCCUGUUGGGCGUGUGCAAGCAGACGACAUGGACGAACUAGCACGUUUAGCUGAUACAUAUGGCUCUGGGGAACUCAGGCUCACUGUCGAGCAGAACAUCAUAAUUCCCAACAUUGAGAACUCAAAGAUUGAGGCCUUACUUCAAGAGCCUCUACUGAAGCACAAGUUCUCACCAGAGCCACCUAUUCUUAUGAAAGGGUUGGUGGCAUGUACCGGUAACGAAUUUUGCGGGCAAGCUAUAAUUGAGACAAAAGCUAGAGCCAUGAAAGUGACUGAGGAGGUGCAAAGGCUAGUGUCGGUGACUCAACCUGUGAGAAUGCACUGGACAGGUUGUCCUAAUACCUGUGGUCAGGUGCAAGUAGCUGAUAUUGGGUUCAUGGGUUGCAUGACAAGAGAUGAAAAUGGUAAGGUGUGUGAAGGUGUGGAUGUGUUCUUAGGAGGGAGAAUUGGAAGCGACUCUCAUUUAGGAGAUGUUUAUAAGAAAAGUGUUCCUUGCAAGAACUUAGUGCCUUUAGUUGUGGACAUUUUGGUUAAUAACUUUGGAGCUGUCCCCAGAGAAAGGGAAGAGUUGGAGGAUUAGGAUAAAGAUUCAAUCUUUCAUUCUUUCUUCUUCUUCUUCUUCUUCUUCAUUCUUUUUGUUUGCUUAUUGGAAGGAUCUAAUGCAAGCAAUUGGAGGAAGAAUAAGGUUGUUCUGAAAUGAACAUUUGUAGGAUAUGUAAACUGAAUAUUAUGGCUGCAAAGGGAGAAAGGGUAAUGGGUUCUGCAUCCGAGUGCACUUAGCUUCUGACAACUUGGGUUUUAUUAGUUGGUUUCGUGCAAUUUGGUAUGUAGAAAACUAAGAAUUACACUUUAUCAUGUAAAAUGGGCCAAUCAAACUCAUUAAUUUUUAUGCCAAAUAAUGGAAAAGUACAAAGAUGUUUGUAUGCUUCCUUUUUUUUUUUUCCUUUUAUGUUCAUGUCUUAAUCUAGCAGGAUUGAGGCAUUGGCCUAAUACUUGAGUGAUGAUAUGAUCGUGACAGGGCAAUUUAUAUUAAAAACUACUUGUUCA